UUCUUCCGCAGAAAUUUAUUUAGUUGAAUAAAUACUUACCUUCUACCUAAUUUUGCUCAUCAAAUAAAUAAAAAUAAAUAUAUUUAAAAAAAUAAAAAAUAUGCUUUCACGUUCGUUAAAUCAUGUUCGUCAUAUUCGCUUAAAAAACGGAUUCAAGAAAUUUAUGACAAGUGUCUUGGCUAGAGCAGAGGUCAAGAAACAGGAAUCCGUACGAAUGAAAGAAUUUCACGAAAAACUGCGUGCAGAUCGUCUGCCUCGAGUGGAACACAGUAUGCGUUUCGUUGACUUAGUCCUGGUCGAAACUGAUCCGAAAAGCGGAGAAAUAAUUCCGAACAAGGAGAAACAGCCAACGAAAUGGGGAGACUGGCAGCAGGGUGGACGGGUUACAGACUUUUAAAAACGCACUCUCUUCUUUUUUCUUUCAAUA